AUGGCGCCAGAAGUCCCAGGGACGCUAUCGGCGGUCGUGCGCUUGCGCCCGCAAACGACGUUGACGCCGUCCAGCGCUGUCGAGCCCCCGCUCGUGCAUCGCGACCGGAACGGACUCGCGCUCGGCCGCUGGGAGGUGUCGUUGACGAGCUACGAUGGCUUUGCGUUCUACAUGGCCGCCUUCUGCACUUGUGUUCCACUCGCCCAGAUAUACGCACGUAUUGGCUUGCGCCGGUACUGGCACGUGAUCGCUUUCUACGGCGCGCUGCACGUUGCGUCGUGGGUUCUUGGGUACUUUUGGUUUUUGGACAGUAUCUGGCCAACCGUGCGCGGGCGAGGCCUCUUCGGUGUGCUCUCCGCGCCAUGGAGGUUUGACGCUGGGACGUCCAAGUCUAUUGCGUGGUGCGCCGUACUUCUGCUUGCAAUUGUUUACCGCAUACAUUUGCGGUGGCGACUGCGUCGGCUCUUUGCGAUCCCUGGGCACCUCUGGCAUGACGCGAUUGUGACGAUAUUGUGUAGCUGCUGCGCCGUCUCGCAAAUGGCCCAGCACACAACAGCGUACACGCCUGGUGAGCUAAUCUCGGUUAUGCCCAAGGAUACUCUACCCGGCUAUGAACUCGUCAACGACACCUCCCAGCGGCCGAGCGCGAGUCCGUUCCGGUCGCGAUGCACGAGCGGGGGCUCGACAGCGCUGGACGGCGUCAACGUCGUUUGCGGGCGCAAGCGCACGACCGCCGAUAGCCGCUUGGCGCCGGCAGACACGGAGACAGAGAGCCUUGACGCGACGCUCGACGAAGAGAUCGAGGACCUCAAGAAGCGCUCGCUGCCCAAGGCGCCGUCCAAGGCUGAGUGGCUUAGCACCAAGCUGCACGCGUUGCUGUGGGUUGCUGGCGCCUGCCUUCUCGCGUACUACCUCGACGUCGUCCGCGUUGCACUGCGUGACCCACGCGUCCAUCGGCUCUACUUCAACAUCGGUGUCGUCUGCGCGGGUGUCAAUGGCUGCAUCACGGCGUACCUGGCGCUUUGGCUACCGUACGUACGCAAGGUGGACCUUGAGUGGAGCGUGUACUGUCCACGCAUGAUCCCCACUGCGACCGUCGUCGGUCUCGUUGGUGCACUUGGCUUCAUCCUGGGCCUCUGGCCUGUCUGGGGCUUCUUUACGCCCGGAAUUCUCUUUGUGUUGUUUCUGGGCAUGCUCAUGAUGGCGCAUUUUCUCCCAGCCAUGUAA